CAUGAAACUUACGGGACAAAGGAGGUAUUUGGCCAACAAAAUAUUUAAAAGUCAUUCAUACCUCUGCUUCAACCAAAUCGCGAAACGCCCCGUUCCAGUUGUUAGAGCAAAUCUCAAACAAAAUUUGGAUUGAACGGGGUGUUUAUUCAAUUCAAUUCAAUCUCAAAUCAAAAACACUAAACAAAAACAAUCAUAAUCAUAAUCAUAAUCAAAAUUAGGUUAGAUCUUCGAUUUCGAUCUUCAUGGAUAGCAUAAUGAACAAGCUUCGUAAUCUCGAUGCAUAUCCAAAAAUCAAUGAAGAUUUCUAUAGUCGCACUCUUUCUGGCGGUCUUAUCACUAUCGUUUCUUCCAUUCUCAUGCUAUUGCUUUUCUUCUCCGAGCUUCGGUUGUAUCUUCAUGCUGCAACUGAAACUAAGCUUGUUGUAGAUACUUCUAGAGGAGAAACGCUUCGUAUUAAUUUUGAUGUUACUUUUCCUGCACUAGCGUGUUCUAUAGUUAGUCUCGAUGCCAUGGACAUUAGCGGAGAACAGCAUCUGGAUGUAAGACAUGAUAUAAUCAAGAAAAGAAUAGACUCUCAUGGCAAUGUGAUAGAAACAAGGCAAGAUGGAAUUGGUUCUCCCAACAUUGAAAAACCCUUGCAAAGACAUGGAGGCAGGCUUGAGCACAAUGAGACUUAUUGCGGAUCCUGUUAUGGUGCUGAGGCGUCAGAUGAGGAAUGUUGUAAUUCCUGUGAGGAAGUUCGUGAAGCAUAUCGAAAGAAAGGUUGGGCUCUCUCAAGCCCGGAUUCAAUUGACCAGUGCAAAAGAGAAGGGUUCUUAGAAAGAAUCAAGGAAGAAGAAGGUGAAGGAUGCAAUGUGUAUGGCUUUUUGGAAGUAAACAAGGUGGCAGGGAAUUUCCAUUUCGCUCCUGGGAAAAGCUUUCAGCAAUCUGGCGUACAUGUGCAUGACCUGCUGGCUUUUCAAAAGGAGUCAUUUAAUUUAAGUCACCACAUCAACAGAAUAGCCUUUGGAGACUAUUUUCCCGGUGUUGUAAACCCUCUUGACCGUGUGCAUUGGACACAAGAAACACCUAGUGGGAUGUAUCAGUAUUUUAUAAAGGUAGUACCAACUAUGUACACUGACGUGAGUGGGAACACUAUCCAGUCAAACCAGUUCUCUGUGACAGAACACUUUAGGACGGCAGAUGUAGGCCGAUUGCAGUCCCUCCCUGGGGUUUUUUUCUUCUACGACCUCUCUCCAAUUAAGGUUACUUUUACAGAAGAACACGUCUCAUUUUUACAUUUUCUUACCAAUGUGUGCGCCAUAGUUGGAGGAAUUUUCACUGUUUCUGGAAUACUAGAUUCAUUUAUCUAUCAUGGCCAAAAGGCUAUCAAGAAGAAGAUGGAACUCGGCAAAUUUAGCUGAUUGUUAUUCUCUCAGCAUAUACCUUGCUGUUGUUGGAGUACUUUCCGGUGAGUGGCUCUUGAGAGACAAUCUAUUCAAGUGAAGAUCAACUAAUGAAUGAAAUUUCCUGUGGGGUUUCCUGCCUUAUCAGUUUCAAUGCAAGGAUUUGUCCUUAGAUCUUGUCAUCAGUGAACAUUGAAAUGCUCAAUCAUGUCAUGUACAACAAAUACCACUUUGCCAUGAUUCACAUCUUUUCUGAAACAGAUCUGAUGAUGAGAUUCAUGUGAAUGUUACAUAGUUUUUGGAAAGUAAAGAGACUAAUUUAUAGCCAGCACUUGUUGAACUCUCUUCUAGAAGCAUUAAAAGGGAACGUUAUAGGACAAUUUAAAUCGAAAAUGAUAAUCUAAAAUGA